AUGAAGGAGCAAGCAAGCGAGCAAGAAUUUGCUCCAUUAACCAAACAAAAUUGUUUGCCCCUAUCAGAAGCAAGUACAUCUCAAACAUUGGAAGUAUUGCAAUUCUCCAAUUCAUCACUGCCAAUAAAUAAUCGAAAUUCUUUAUAUCAUUCAUUGCCGCUUUAUUGGCCGAAAAGUUGGAGAACCUAUGGCCCAUCUACCCAAACAAAUUCCUUUCAUCAAUCCUCACUCAAUCCCGAGCCUUCUUUUACGGCAAGCACUUCUCCUUUGAUUGAUAAUGAACAUGAAACAAACACACGGCAGCAAAGGAAAAUCUUUUCAUUAAAUCGACAUCAAAAAAUUUCAAAAAAUGACACCGCCUCGAAGGGAUGGAGGAGAAAAAGGAGAAAAGAAUUUAAUUUUUUUUCAUUCCUUCCCUGCCUUAAUGUGAAAGGAGUAAAAUUAUUCCAAUUUUUGGCCCUCUUGAUCUCUGCUUUAUUUUUACUUUCAAUUAUUAUUUUUGUUAUUGCUAAUUUUUCUUCAUUAUUCUCAAAAAAUGGAAACAACGAAAAAAAUAAUAAAGAAAAUUUAUUAAAAAAGGAAAUUAAACGACUUAGAUCGGCAUAUUCUGAUAUUCGACCCAAAGAAACCCAAAUAUGGCUAUUAAAUAAUUUUGAAUUAGAGCGGAAACGUAAGAGAAGUAUUAGAGAAGAGGAUAAAAUUAAUUCAAAAUCUGUUUUUGGACUUGCCAGGCUUUGUGGAUUUAAUUGUACUGUUAAUUUAAAACACGGAAUUGAUGGUAAUAAUAGCGGUGAAAGUAGAAUUUCAAGUCAAGUAUUGCGUAUCGCUUUAAAAAGAGUUGAACAGAAUGAGAAAGUGGAGAUCGGAAAAAGACAAAGGAGAAGUACUGCAUCGGAUAACCACAAUUGGAAUCCUUUGUCUCCUUUCCUAUUAGUUCAAUCGAUGGAUUCUGAUAACCACACACAAAUUAGUCGAUCACAUAUUUCACCAGCCUGUUUUUACAUUGCCAAAAUAGAUGAUGGCAAUUGCUUUGAAAGCAGUAUUGUAAACUUAUGUGAUCGAAAUAAUGGAUUGUUCGGUACAUUAGCUUUCAGUGAAGGUGCUUUCUUAAUUGAACCUUUAAUUGAUGAAGAGGACUUUGAAAAAGCUCAAGGAGAUAAUUUAAAUAAUUAUUUUGAUAAAAGUUUGGGAGGAGGUCAUCCUAACCAUCAAAGGAGAAAACGUCGCCAUAGACCUCACGACAAUCGAGAUCAAGUAUUAUUGAGAGCACAUCUAAUUUACCCGGUACAGACACAAUAUUUUGGAGAUGAUCAUAAUAAUGAGCGGAGACAGCAAAAAUCUACUGAAAUUACAGUCUUAUCAUCAUCUGAAGAAUUUGCAGCAGGAUUUUUAAAAUAUUCUCAAACUAUUAAUGCCAACUUAAGUCAUUAUGAUUCUCCUAAAUUUCCAUUUCUGCCAGUAAAACGUGAUCGUCGAUCCCCCGCUACAUUAGCCAAUUCCUGGGAUCAUUAUGUUGAAGUGCUUGUUGUUGCUGAUCACCAAAUGCUCUUAUAUCAUCAACAAAAUUUGGAGAAUUAUGUACUAACUUUAUUUUCAACAGUUUCGGCAAUAUAUAGACAUCAAUCUUUGGGUGUUUCUAUUAACAUGGUUGUCGUUCGCAUCAUCAUAAUAAAAAAUGAACGUGCUGGGCCCUUAAUAUCUAAUCGGGCACAAGAAACACUCCAACAAUUUUGUCAUUGGCAACAAUUGUAUAAUGACAGAAAUGACGAUUCUUUGAAUCAUCAUGAUGUUGCAAUUCUUUUAACUCGCCAUGACAUAUGCCGGGCAACAAAUAAAUGCGACACUCUAGGUCUUGCCGAGCUUGGAACUUUGUGUGAUAGCAAAAGAAGCUGUGCAAUAAUUGAAGAUAAUGCCGCAUUCACAAUUGCUCACGAGCUCGGUCAUAUUUUUAACAUUCCACACGAUGAUGAACGUAAAUGUGCAGAGUUUAUGCCUUUAAACAAAGCUAACUACCAUAUAAUGGCACCAACACUUGAAUACAACACAAAUCCCUGGUCGUGGUCUGCAUGCUCCUCCGCAAUGCUUGCCCGUUUUUUGGAGGCGCGCCGGGCCCAGACACAAUGUAUUCUCGAUAAACCUGUUGAGAGACGGUAUUAUGAGAGAAUGUUUGAAAAUCCCGCACCCGGUGAAAUUUAUUCUGUCUCUCAACAAUGCAAAUUCGUUUUUGGAGCUGCAGCUGAACUCUGUCCAUAUAUGCCAAGUUGUCGUAGAUUGUGGUGUGCCGUCUCUUAUGGAUAUCAAAUGGGUUGUCGUACCCAGCAUAUGCCGUGGGCUGACGGAACAGAAUGUGCUCGACAAAUGUGGUGUUAUAUGGGUCAAUGUGUUGGUAUGUCUCCUACACAGAGACUACCUGUUGAUGGUUCCUGGGGAGAAUGGAGGUCGUGGGGUGAUUGCUCUCGAACAUGUGGGGGAGGAAUCCAAAAGUCAUAUCGGGAUUGUGAUUCCCCUCGGCCAGAACAUGGUGGUAAAUACUGUACAGGUCAACGAGUACGUUAUCGUACUUGCGCUAUACACGAAUGCCCUUGGGAUAUGCCUGGAAUUCGUGAGCAACAAUGUGCCGAAUUCGAUGGAAAAGAUAUUGGAAUUCAUGGUGUUCCUUCAGUCGGCACUCGAUGGGUCCCAAAAUUUUCUGGAAUUGCUGAAAAUGAACGAUGUUUACUUUAUUGCCGUCUUUCUGAUUCUGCUGCGUUUUACAAAUUAAGGGAUAAAGUAAUUGAUGGAACUCCGUGUGAUAGAAAUGUGGACGAUAUUUGUAUUGAUGGUGGAUGUCAUAAGAGUGGUUGUGACCACAGACUUGGUUCAGAUAUGCGUCGCGAUGUCUGCGGGAUUUGUGGUGGGGAUGGAAGAACUUGUCGUGAAGUAAAGGGGGUCUUCAAUGAACGAGGAACUUUUGGUUUAGUGAUAAAUACUGAACUAACAAUUUAUAUAAUAUUAGGUUAUAACGAAGUUUUACGGAUUCCUGCCGGAGCCGCAAAUAUUGAUAUAACACAGAAUUCUUUGCAUCAACUAAGAAAGGAAGAUGACGAAAAUUAUUUGGCUUUAAGAAUGCCAAACGGUGAUUGGCUUUUAAACGGACAAUUUCAUGUAUCGGUAUUCCCUCAACAAAUACAAAUACUUGAUACUGUACUUGAGUAUUCUGGAAGUGACACACCUCAGGAACGCAUAAAUGGUACAGGCCCAUUGCGAACUGAUGUUUAUCUCCAUUUUUUGAGUGGCCGUAAUCUGAAACUACCAAACAUUCAUUACCGAUAUAUGGAGCCUUUGCCUCAAAUAUCGCGAGAGGUAGCAGCAGCUGCAAAAACCUACGAAUUAAACAAUUUGUCCUCUCAAAAACAUCAACAAAGACAACAUAAAUCACAACAGCAACAAGUAGUGCCUAAGGCUCCAAACACAUUUUAUUGGCGAUUUAUUGAAAAUAAAUGGAGUGAGUGCACUCUCAAAUGUCAAGGCACUCAAACCCAGCAAUUGCAAUGUCUGGACACCCUCACCAUGAAAGUGUUGCCUGAUUCUAUGUGUGGUACUUUUCGACGACCUGACCCAAGACAAAGAAUUUGCAACGUCGAAUGUUUUUAUAAAUGGCAACACCGUCUAUUGUCUUAUAAUGGUAGAGGAGAGAAGGAUAGAUAUCAACAUCAAUGUGUUCGUUCUUAUACAAAUGGUCGUGAGGAACAAGCAAGUGAAGAUGAAUGCAAGAGAUCAGGAAUUCCACUUCCCACACCACCUAGUACAAGGAACCAUCCUCAACAACAACAAAUUAAUGAACAGUCACCUAAUAAAUAUGUGACUGAUCGACGCUGGGCAUACACUGAAUGGAGUGUGUGCUCGGAAUCGUGUGGUACCGGCGGGAUUCGUCAUCGUUCUAUUCAUUGUAUUGAUACCCGGAAUGGGCAGAAAGUCGAGAAUCGCUUCUGCGAGGGAAUUCCUCACGAGACACUUCAUACAGAAUGUAAUCGGACACCAUGUCCUCGAUGGGUUUAUGAAGCCUGGAAUGAAUGUUCACGAUCUUGUGGUAGUGGAAUUAGAAUUCGACAUGCUUCAUGUCAGGAUGCUUCUGGGCGUGAAGUUAAUUCUCGUUUAUGCCCUAGCAAUAAAUUAGAUAGCGAAAAGUGUAACGAACAACUUUGUACUGAAUGGCGUUUUGGAGCAUGGAGUCAAUGUUCGGUCAGUUGUGGCCAAGGCAUUCAACGAAGAGAUGCUAAUUGUGUUGACUCUAAUAAUCGACCUCUUGAAGAUAGGAAUUGUGAUAUUCGGGAAAAAAUAGUUGUUAAACAAUGCGAGUUGGCACCUUGUCCUCACUGGCAAUUAGGCUCUUGGAGUCAAUGUUCUAUCAGCUGUGGCUCUGACGGAUUUCAGACCCGUUUAGUUCAAUGUGUUGAUUCGGUUGGAAGAAAAUUGCCAGAUAUUAUGUGUACCCAACAAAAAAUUAAUGAACAAACUUCCAUUAAUUCAAAAAUAUCUGAAAAUCAGAAACAACAACUACGUCCACAAAGCUAUAGAGUCUGCAGCCCAGGACCCUGUCCCUACUGGCGAACUUCUGAUUGGAACAAAUGUUCUGUUAGUUGUGGGCAAGGAAUAAAGAAAAGGCUGGUAGAAUGUGUUCUUCGCAAUCAAAUAGUUGAUGAUUCGCUAUGUACAGCUGUCAACAGACCCUCACAUGAAGAAAAGUGUGUAUUAAUGUCAUGUGCCGUUUGGAAUGUUGAAUCUUGGGGGCCGUGUUCAUUAUCAUGUGGUUCUGGCGGUACACAGCACCGAAAUGUUAAUUGUGUUCGUUACACAACUAGCCGUAAUUACAACAACGAAAAUAAUUAUAUUGUUCUCCAUGAUCGAGAAUGCACUGGUCAAAAGCCUCAGUCCGAUCGUAUUUGCGAACUUCCAGCUUGUCCAAUAACUAAAGGUGAAUGGGUGAUUGGCCAAUGGUCUGAAUGUCCACUUCCGAAACCGUGUAAUGUCAAUAAUGAAAUUGUUGAACAAAUUCGACUGAUGGAAUGUCGAAACAAUGGAGAACUUAUUGAAGGUAGUGGAAUAGAAAUACAAAUUUCUAUCUUUAAUAUUUUUCUAGAUAAAUUCUGUUCACAUUUGGAAAAGCCUUAUUCUCGUCGCUCUUGUCCUCCAUGUAUUAAUAUCCCAAAAAGUGAAUCACCCAGAUCUGAUUUUAAAACAUCAUACACAAAUCCUCCUGCCCUUCUGCAUGUUUCGGCUGCAAUUUCUUUAUUAGGCAACCAACAAAAAAAUAUUGGGAAAUGGAUAACUGAUGAAUGGUCAUCGUGUUCUGCAAGUUGUGGAGGUGGUUGGCGUCAACGUAAUAUCCAUUGUAAAAGUGUUGACAACGUUACAACAUUAAAAAAUUGUUUGGAAUCUGAGAAGCCUAUCAAAUUAGAAUCAUGUAACCCACAAAAAUGCCCUUCUGGGCAAUGGAAUGUUGGCCACUGGUCUCACGUGAGUAUUGUUACUUUAUUCUAG